AUGGGUCCAAAAGUGAAAAAGCCAUCUACGAAUAACACUCAGGUGGAAAGUGUUAUUAACGGGUGCCUUCGAAAUUUUUUCGAUAACUCCACUGUUAACUGUGUUUGUGGGACUCAACUACAAUUGCUAGUGGAAGAAGUUGUUAAUUGUAAAUCGCUAAUUAUAGCCCAGACUGCUCUUAUCAAUCAGCUUCAGAGCGAAAUUGCUGAAUUGGGUGCUAAAAUUCGACCUGACAUCCACGGUAAUCCAUCGACAUUGAGCCAGCUACGUGAAAAACGACAAUCAGGUAUAGGUGUAAAAACCGUUAAAGAAGCUGAAUCUUUCACCUCAACUGAUAACAAUGUAAACAACACUCGUCGUUUGCAUACACUAAGCGUUGGACCCUCUACAAGUUUAUAUUCUUCAGUAAGAAGGAACAGUAAUGUUUUUCUGCAAAAAAUAAAUAGUCAACCUUCUAAUAAGACUAUUUCCGCUCAUUGGGAGGAUGAUUCUGAUUCCUCGGCCUCAGAAGAACCUGCACUCAUUAACACUAUUGGCGAUGCCGACAUAAUUGUUCAUAAACCUGUUAUCGCUAGUGAUGAACUGUCUUCGCUAUUAACAUCGGCACCUCAACAUCAACAAGAAAAUAGAACUCAAAAGCUGUUAACGAAAUCUAGCCCAAUCCAGACGACCUAUACACAAACUAAGACCACUGAAAAGCGUAGCAACAAAACUCGUUUUGUUUCCACCAACACAUCGCAAAUCAAUGGUGCCAAAGCUAAACUUCUACCACUUGAAAGAAAUUGCUGGAUAUAUGUCUCUAAUCUUAGCUCUCAACAAACAACUGAAGAUAUACUAGAUGUACUUAAAGAACUGGACCCUAGUGCCGACUUUAGCGUUGAAAAACCCGAAGCCCUUAAUAAAAAGAAAACUUCCAGCGUGUUUGUAGUAAGAGCUCCCCUUAGGUAUGAAGCUACUCUAAAAGAUCCGAAUUUUUGGCCUGCCAACACCUAUGUUAAUAAAUCUUUAAUUAAAAAAACUAGAAAACAAGCCCAUGAUGCAUAUAUUUCUAAAACUAACAAUCCUAAAGCUGUCUGGGACUUAUUAAAUCAUCUAAAUAAUAAAAGCGUGGUUUAUCAAGAGUCUCCAUUUUCUGCUGAAGAGUUUAACACAUAUUUUGUCAAUAUACCGGUCUCAUUAACUAAAGAUUUAACACCCAAACAUGUUACAUUUAGCAAGACUUUGAAUAUAUCAGAUGAGUUUGCUUUCUCAGAAGUGUCAUUUAACGAACUACGAGAUAUUAUUAGUAAUUUAAAUAAUUCUCCUGCUCGAGAUGUGUAUGGUUUAAACUCUAAAAUAGUCAAAACUAUCAAGCAUCUUAUAGUAUAUCCGUUAACGUACCUUGUCAACCAAUGCAUCCAUAAAGGUAUCUACCCAGCUGCUCUGAAGAAGUCUAGAGUACUCCCUAUUUUUAAGAAAGGGGAUCCCAAAAUUUUAGACAACUAUAGGCCUAUUGCAAUAACACCUAUUAUAAGUAAAAUCAUUGAGAAAGCACUACAAAGCCGACUUGUAAAUUAUUUUGAAAAAAAUAACGUAUUUUGCUCUUCUCAAUAUGGCUUUCGCAAAGAUAAAUCUACAGCUCUAGCAGUAACACACCUAGUAGCAAAGAUAACGAAUGCUUUUGAAAAUAAAGCAUAUUUAGGCUCAAUAUUUUGUGACUUAACAAAAGCGUUUGAUUGCCUGUCCGUUGAACUACUUAAAGAAAAACUUUUAGCUUAUGGAGUCAGAGAUACUAAUUUAGAACUUUUAAUAUCUUAUGUUACAAACAGAACUCAAAUAGUAAGUUCUGAAGGUGGUCCCUCCAAUUAUCUUCACUCACAUUUUGGGGUACCACAAGGAUCAGUGUUGGGUCCGACCCUCUUUCUUAUAUAUAUCAACGACAUUUGUAAUGUUAUUGAUGAUGGGCCGGAUUUAACUAUUCUAAUGCCCUAG